AAUCCUCCACCCCUCUUCCGAAUGCUUGCGCGGUCAUCUUAAAGCACCACGCUGCCAAGAACAAACAUGAGAAGUGAGCCCAUGAAGACACAUCCUCUUGUUUUGGGCAGGGCGAAAAAACAUGACACUGUGUCUCAAAUGACAGCGCAACACAAACCGCUGCUCAUUGCACCCCAGUGAAAGCGGUAGUCUCACGCUUUAAUCGAGGGAGUCGGUGCUCGAUUGCUCUGGUCUGACGCGAAGAUGGCAGAAUCGGAGUAUAAUGUUUCAGUUCCUCACUUGAACUCCCUUCUACAAAUGGAUCCUUACCUCAAACCCUUUGAAAACGACUUACAGAGGAGGUAUGGGCUGUUUAAGAAGCAGCUCACACUCCUUGAGGAGGCCGAAGGAGGCUUUGAUCAGUUCACACGCAGCUAUAAGAGUUACGGAGUACAGCGGAUGCCAGACAACAAUGACUGGGAUAACUUUUCACAUCCCUACACUAAAAAGGAGUUUGGGAAAUGGGAGCUGCACAUACCCCCAAAAGAGGACAAGACACCUGCUGUCGCUCAUAACUCCAAGCUGAAGGUGGUUGUUCACACCAGAGCAGGUGAGCGGCUGUUCCGAAUCUCACCUUGGGCAAAGUAUGUGACCAGGCAUGAGAAGUCCGUCAUCUAUGAUUGGGUACAUUGGGACCCUCCUCAACCUUACAUUCACAAGCACCCUCGUCCACAGAAGCCCAGGAGCCUGCGGAUAUACGAGUCCCAUGUUGGCAUUGCAUCUCCGGAGGGCAAAGUGGCAUCCUACAGCAACUUUACACACAACGUGCUGCCUAGAAUCAAAGAUCUUGGUUAUAACUGUAUUCAGCUGAUGGCGAUCAUGGAGCAUGCCUACUAUGCUAGCUUCGGUUACCAGGUCACCAGUUUCUUCGCAGCAUCAAGUCGUUGCGGCACCCCAGAGGAACUCAAGGAGCUGAUUGACGUGGCUCACUCUCUGGGUAUCAUCGUCCUGCUCGAUGUGGUGCACAGCCACGCAUCCAAGAACACAGAGGACGGGCUCAACCGCUUUGACGGCUCUGACUCCUGUUUCUUCCACAGCGGGCCCCGUGGGGAACACAGCCUCUGGGACAGCAGACUCUUCAACUACUCUGGCUGGGAGGUGCUGCGAUUUCUCCUGUCAAACCUGCGCUGGUGGAUGGAGGAGUACAGAUUUGAUGGAUUCAGGUUUGACGGAGUGUCAUCUAUGCUCUACCAUCAUCACGGGAUCGGAUCAGGAUUUUCUGGGGAUUAUGCUGAAUACUUUGGACUCCAGGUAGACGAGGAUUCUCUUGUCUACCUCAUGUUGGCAAACCAUAUUUUGCACACCCUCUAUGAAGACUGCAUCACUAUUGCAGAGGAUGUGUCCGGUAUGCCCACCCUUUGCUGUCCUGUCCAAGAAGGAGGUCUGGGUUUCGACUAUCGCCUGGCCAUGGCCAUUCCAGACAAAUGGAUUCAAAUCCUUAAGGAGUUCAAGGACGAAGAUUGGAACAUGGGAAACAUUGUGUUCACGAUGACCAACAGGCGAUACGGCGAGAAAUGCAUCGCUUACGCUGAAAGCCACGACCAGGCCCUGGUGGGAGACAAAACUCUGGCCUUCUGGCUGAUGGACAAGGAUAUGUACACCAACAUGAGCACUUCGAUUCCCAUGAACUCCGUUAUUGAUCGGGGCAUCCAGCUCCACAAGAUGAUCCGACUGCUUACCCACAGCCUGGGAGGAGAGGGCUACCUAAACUUCAUGGGCAAUGAGUUCGGCCAUCCAGAAUGGCUGGAUUUUCCCCGAGUUGGCAACAAUGAGAGUUAUCAUUACGCCCGCCGGCAGUUCAACCUCGUGGACACGGAUCACCUGCGUUACUGGCAGCUGUACGCUUUCGACCGAGACAUGAACCGCACGGAGGACAAGUACGGCUGGCUGGCUGCUCCCCCGGCUUACAUCAGCGUCAAACACGAGGGAGACAAGGUGAUCGUCUUCGAGAGGGCCAACGUCAUCUUCAUCUUCAACUUUCACCCAACCAACAGCUACAGCAGCUACAGAGUGGCAGUGGGGCCGCCGGGGAAAUAUAAGAUCAAACUGGACUCGGAUGGAAUCCAGUAUGGAGGCCAUGGCAGAUUGGACCACAACACAGAGUUCUUCACGGAGCCAAUGGAAUUCAACAAUCUGCCCAACUCUAUGUUGGUUUACAUUCCCUGCAGAACCGCUAUUGUUCUGGUCAACGAGGAAAUCGAUUACUGCUACUGAAACACAAUCAGCGAUUCACCGCGAGAUGGAAACCCAGCACACUUCUGUGACUCAACCGACCUCCGUUCACAGCGUGUUUGCCAUCAUCCUUUAGAAAGCCCACAUUUUCCCGUGAACCGCCACCAAACUGAAUUGAGUACAAGAUGUUCCCAUUCCCAUGUUACCCCAUUUCUGUCAUUUUUUUCUGUCAUUGUUCACACAUUAUUGAUUAUCAAGAAUUAGUUUCCCAAUAUCCCACUGCCCGACUAGUUUGAAAUGGUUAGAUCAUUGCCAGAUUUUUUGCCUGAUCAAGAAUACAUGUUUAUUACUACUGAAAUUGCUAUUCAACAAUGAAUAAUUAAUGUUGAGGUAAAUAAUCACUUUGACUGUGGUCAGUAUUAUAAGCAAUAUUAGUCAGCACUGUAUUUAUAAUACUGUAAUUGUGAAAAGUAAAUAUAAUUACUUUACAUAAGUUUGAUCUUUCUGCUAUUUUAAUUUGACACUAGCUUUUUUUUGACAUUCUGUGUCAGUGAUUUAACUUCUGUAUAUUUAUGUGCACCAUGUAUUCAUUUGUCCAAGUAAAAAAAAAAAUAUCGUUUGAGAACGAUGUAUUGAUUACAUGUCAGUUCAGUGCUGAGCUCGUCAACAAAGUUGAAUUAUAUAUUUUUAAUGCAUGAACUCCGCGUAAAGUCAUAGAAUCGAAAUUAUAUAUUUUAUUUUCCUGACAGGCUGGUUUUCAGUGCCUUUCAAACUUUUCAAUCAUAACCAGGUUUUGAUGAAUAUUAAUUUGACUAAAUAAGAAAUUAUUUUGAUUAAUUUAUAAUAUUAAAGCUGAGAUAAUAUAACUUGUGCUAAUACUAAAUAUUAAUUCAUUUUCAGUUAAAGACAGUCGUGCUAUUUCACUGUCCAGCAUUUUACUUUUUAAACAUCUUUUAUAAUAUAUGUUCUUCUUUCUCUUCAACAACAGCAGCUUAUCCCUGAGAUCCAAAAGUCUGUGUGUGAAAAUAUAUAUCCAAAUUAUUAUAAUCCUGAAGCUGCUCUCCUCAAGACAUCAUUGGACACAUUUGUUGCUCAUUUUCUCCUGUCUUCUUAUUUCGUGGUUCGAAGAAAUCUAAAUUUGCCCUCAAUUUAAUUUGAUGCUCACAUAGAUAUACAGUAUUUGGUAGCAUAAUCUGUCAUACUGAGAAACGGCUUUCCAGAAACCAUCUUGAAUGAAGAUUCAUCACCACUGCUUUAUUUGGUUAUUAUGAAAAUAUUGCAGCUAAUGAGAAGGUUUUAUUUAACUGAAACAAAAAAAAAGCAUUAAAACAGUCAGAUUCAUAAGUUUGGAAGGUCCUUGUGAUGGUCAACAAAUA